AAAACAGCACAAUGUCCACAUCUAAGAAGCAGCUGGAACAGCAGAAGCAGCAGCAGCAGCAACAACAACUUGAAUUCUACCGCAAUACUCUCAACUUCAACGUGAUCUCGCGGUACGACCCGAAGAUCAACAAUGUGGUCUACGACUCGCCGUACGCUGUCGCUUACAAGUUUGACCAGGCCAGCGAAGAGUGGGAGAAACUCGAAUAUCUGGGCUUGGUUUCGGUCUACUCGCGCCUGAACUAUGAUCCCGCCAAACCGUUGGACCCUCACGCCGUACAGGACGACUUCUACUAUGGGCUCAUCAUCUUGAACCGUAGUAGCCCGGCCAAUUUCUCCAUCGGUAUCGUGCCGAACUGCAUUAGCGAGUGGAAGAAAUCGGUGUUGAUGAGUGUGGAGCAGCAGGGCGAUUUGGUGAUUAUCCAGGACGUGAAGGAGGAUGUGUAUGGGAUCUGGUUAUUUGACAAGAAGGACCGCGAGGAGUUGCUCAAGGCACUCAGGUAUGUAUUGGAGAAUCCUCCAAUCAAGUUGGUCUAGCGAGUGUCUAGUGGGUGUCAGCGAGCGUUCAGCAAGCAUCUAGAACGAGGUUGAACAAGGUGGUUUAAUCAUUUUGUGAUUAAUUAACCAUUGACUGGACAGUUCAUGGCUAAUACCGGGGCAAGAUCAAACGUGAAUAGUCAGAGGUGGCUGAAGUGGGAGCUGCAAAGAGCUUGAAGAAUUUUUUUUUCACGAACCUUUGUGCGAAACACCGAGGAUGGGCUUACUAGUGGGUGAUUCAUGACGGUGGACUGAAUAUGACCACGCGUAGCGGCUGUAUAUUAUGUAAUAUAUUAAUAAACCAAAUAU